AUGGGGAGGCAUACCACCCAUCCUGAAGUUCUGAAUGAAGAGCUAAUCAAGCAUGUGGAGAGGAAUCCUUUCUACAAUUCUACUUCAGAAUGUGCAAAGGAGCAUCUAUGCAACUUUGAGCAGCUUUGCCAUGACUAUGGACUUGGAGACAACCCCAAGAAGAUACAACUUUUCCAACUAUCUCUAGCUGGACAAGCCAAAGACUGGGCUAAGUUCAAUGCCCAACAUGCUUUCAAGACUUGGAAUGGAUACAAAGGAGCUUUCCUCACAGAUUUGCCAAAGGUCCUAUUUAUGUCCCACCACCACGCCCAAGCUAUUCACAACACCAUCCAUCAUCACCAGACAUAA